UCGUAGCUCGUUUCAUUUUCUUCGCGUGAACUGUGCGUCACGAUUUUUCAUCUUUUCCAUCCGGGAUCAGUGAUUUGCGUUUGAUUUCAAGUCAAUUUUCCAUUUUUGAAGACCCCGCAGGAUGAACGGCGAAAGCAAACAGUUGCUGAGCGAUUGCUUUCUGCGGACAAUCGUGGAUCCCCGUUCGACGAAUGCUCCGAUUGAACCUCCGCCGACGAAGGCCCCGGUCAAGGUGGAGCUGCAGGUCCUUCGGCUGAAGCUGGACUCACAGAAUAUGGUAAUGGACACGCUGAGGACGAUCCACGGAGAUUCCUUCCAGCUUGGUGACAUUUCCAAGUACGAAGACAAAGGUGGCCGGAUGAAGAAGUCAUACUGGCAGGACCGGGGGAAUCUGGUCAUUCAGGGUGGAUGCGAUUUCUCGGAUGUGAAGAAGACGGGGAAUUCGAACGAGGAUAAGUUCCGAAUGUAUGCGUUGAUUAAACUGGCCAGCUAUGGAUUUGCCAAGAAGCACUGCGAGGAAGCGCUAGAUCAUUGCAAGGGGGAUGUGGAUGAUGCGCUGGCGCUGUUGUUUGAAAAGUACUUUCCACCGCCGGUGGAUUUGGUGUAUCAGGAGUGUGACUUUGGGGAAGAAGAGCUCCACCAGAUGAGAGCGGAUGAGAAGGAAGCGAUGGAAUCGAUUUACGAUAAGUUGUUCGUUGAGAAGGAAAGGAACCGGGUAUGGCUGUUGAAGUUCAAAAUUGACCAUUUGAUGGCGCACAGUCCUUCGGAAAUGAAGAAGAUGGAACAGCAGAAGACGAAACAGGUGGAGGAGGAAGAACGCAGGAGGCAACAGAUUGGUCGGAAGAAAAAGCCGAAGAAGGAACCGUGCUGGAAUUUCGCUAAAGGGAAGUGCAGGUACGGAAAUAAGUGUUACUUUUCGCAUGGACCGGAUUCCGAGGGAGAAGAAUCGAACACGAAGGAGAAAAAGGACAAGCCGGAGGAAGAUCCGAAUUGGUUCUUCCUGGAGAUUCGGUUUCCUAAGAAGAGCAAAUAUCCUUACGAGGCACCUUCGGUUUAUUUGAAAACGACUUGCGCGGACAUCCCUCAGCAGUUGAUGUUGAGGAUUUGCAGGAGACUGGUACAGGAAUCGAUUACCAUUACCCAGGAAGGAAUGCCGUGUGUGUACUCCAUAGCGGAAUUGCUUCAGAACGAUGAGGAAAUUGAGAAGUUUAUCGAGUUGGAUCGAUAUCAAUUUCCAGAUCCUAGGCGUUCGCUUUUCUAUCAACCGGAAGUAGACGAAAUGAACAAUCUAAAAAUCGAAGAUCUCCCGACUCACCAUCAGAAGGGCACCACGAACCGUUCGUCCGGACCGAGAUCCAAUCCAGAACAACUGCGGAAAGAGGAUUUGAACAUCAUCCGGAAGUUCAUGGACAAACAGACCAACACUGCCUACAAAGAUAUGCUACGGCAUCGGAAGCAACUGCCGGCGUGGAAUAAAAUGUCCGACAUUAUAGCCGCGAUGGAAUGCAAUUCGGUGCUGGUGAUCAGCGGAGAAACAGGUUGCGGUAAAUCCACCCAAGUGCCUCAGUUCAUCCUGGACAAUUGGCUAUACCAGUCUUCGAAGAUGGACGGCAAAGUUCCUCACGUUGAAAUUAUCUGCACCCAACCAAGAAGGAUUUCGGCGAUUGGAGUUGCAGAGCGUGUGGCGGACGAGCGGGUUGAAAAGAUUGGCAAUACCGUCGGUUAUCAGAUCCGGUUGGAGAAUAAGAUUUCCUCGUCUACUCGGCUAACCUUCUGCACGACGGGAAUCUUGCUGCGACGGUUGCAGUCGGAACCCAUGUUGAACAAUGUGACUCAUAUCCUGGUAGAUGAAGUGCACGAACGUUCCGAGGAAUCCGACUUCCUGCUGCUCAUCCUGAAGCAACUACUGGAGAAGCGUUCUGAUCUCAAGGUGAUUCUCAUGUCGGCCACGCUGAAUUCAAAUCUUUUUUCGUCCUACUUCGGUGAUGUUCCGGUAUUGGACAUUCCCGGAAGAACCUUCCCCGUGGAGCAGCUUUUCCUGGAGGAUAUCCUGGAGAAGAGUGGGUUCGUGUUGGAGGCUGACUCGCAGUUCUGUCGAAAACUGCGGAAAGGCGAAGAGGAACAACUGUUACAGGAACUGGAAUACUCAGAUGUGAAAGCGGCCAACGCUGCCCCGGCCAAAUCGAUCAAGGAUGAGAACCUAAAGAUGACUGAUAUGUUCGCCAGAUACUCGGAUUACUCCAAACCAACCUGCAAAACUCUCUACCUGUUGGAUCCGCUCCGCAUCAAUCCGGAACUGAUAGAACACGUCCUGCGAUACAUAGUUGAGGGAACCGAUCACGGUUGGCCCCAGGAGGGAUCCAUCGUCAUUUUCCUCCCUGGUCUAGCCGAGAUUCAAACCAUUCACGAAGCCCUAACCGAUAGCAAGCUGUUCGGUCCUCGGGAAGGCAAAUUUAUCCUUGUCCCACUGCACUCCACUCUCAGCAACGAAGAGCAAGCGCUGGUCUUCCGGAAGGCACCCAAGGGAAAGCGGAAAAUCGUUCUCAGUACCAACAUUGCCGAAACGUCCGUCACCAUCGAUGAUUGCGUGUUCGUGAUCGAUUGUGGCCAGAUGAAGGAGAAACGGUUCGACUCGAACCGGAACAUGGAAUCGUUGGAUGUUGUGUGGGUCUCCCGGGCCAAUGCCCUCCAGAGGAAGGGUCGAGCCGGGCGUGUCAUGCCAGGAGUCUGCAUCCAUUUGUUCACGAAACCUCGCUUCACCAAUCACAUCCUCGGUCAACCGGUGCCGGAAAUUCAUCGGAUACCACUGGAACCGUUGCUGCUGAGAAUCAAAACGCUGGAAACUUUGCAAGGAAGCUCGCUGAAAGAUGUUCUUAUGGGAACUAUCGAACCACCUUCGGAAGAGAACAUUGAAGCGGCCAAGAAGCGACUAAUUGAUGUUGGCGCGUUCGAUCUGGACGAACAAUUGACGUCCCUCGGACACCAUCUAGCUGCACUACCGGUCGACGUGCGGAUAGGCAAACUUAUGCUUUUCGGUGCAAUCUUCCAGUGUCUGGAUAGCGUCCUAACGAUCGCCGCUUGUCUCAGCUUCAAAAGCCCCUUCGUAUCGCCUUUCAGCAAACGGGACGAAGCCGACAGUCGCAAACGUCAGUUCGGAAUUGCCAACAGUGACCACCUAACGAUGCUAAAUGCCUACCGGAAAUGGAAAGAAACUACCAAACGAAGCAGAUAUGCAGCGCAUUGCUACGCCGAAGAGAACUACCUUUCCUCGAAAACGCUUCAAACGAUCGGAGAAAUGAAGUACCAAUUCCUGGAACUGCUCGUCUCAAUCGGUUUCGUUCCUACCGAUCUCAGUGGACGGCGGGGGAAGUUCGUCAAAGACGAACUGCUCGAACUAACCGGGAUGGACAUCAACGCCAACGGAGAAAACAAUCGCCUUCUAGCCGCAAUUCUUUGCGCCGCGUUAUACCCGAACGUAAUCAAAGUCCUGACUCCGGAAAAAUCCUUCAUCAGCGGAGCUGGAGGCGCCGUCCCAAGACUCCCCCAAGCAUCCGACCUCCGCUUCAAAACCCAGCAGGACGGCUACGUAAACCUGCAUCCCUCGUCGAUCAACUCCAAAACCGGCCACUUCAAUUCCCCUUACCUGGUCUAUCAGGAGAAGGUGAAAACCUCCCGAAUCUACAUCAGGGAAACGACCAUGGUCCCACUGCUGCCGAUGGUGCUGUUCUCCGGAAGUGAUUUGCGAAUAGAACUGCAUGGAGGCGACUUUGUGAUACUACUGGAGGACGGAUGGAUUGCACUGCAGGCCGAAACGCACCAGGUGGCGGAGAUGAUGAAGUUCCUGCGGCUGGAGCUGGCCAAGAUGCUGGAACUGAAGAUUAGCGAUCCGCUGUUGAACCUGACCAAUCACGAACAUGGGCGGAAGGUGAUCGGAACGAUUGUGCAGUUGAUUACGAAGGAGUAGUAGGUAGUAGUAGAGUGGCUUUCGGCUGUUUUAGAUAGAUGAAAACACGUGGAAAUAUAUUGUUUUAAAAUGUAACCUGGUAGUACAUAAUACCUAGUUACAUAUAUGUAUGCAUAUAAUGUUGUACUAACGAAC